CAUUAUUCCAAACUGUCAGUUCAGAUCAAAGACUGCACGCUUGAAAACCUUCACGGCAAAUCAACUGGAUGAAAUCAAGGAUCCCUCUGGUCUUUUUUAUAUUCUUCCUUUUCAGAAAGGUUACUUGGUGAACUGGGAUGUCCAGAGACAGGUUUGGGAUUAUCUUUUUGGAAAAGAAAUGUAUCAAGUGGAUUUUGUAGAUACCAAUAUUAUUAUUACCGAACCUUAUUUUAACUUCAGUUCAAUACAAGAAUCUAUGAAUGAAAUUCUAUUUGAAGAAUAUCAAUUUCAAGCAGUUCUUAGAGUAAAUGCUGGAGCUCUUAGUGCACACAGGUAUUUCCGGGAUAAUCCAUCUGAGCUGUGUUGUAUCAUUGUGGAUAGUGGAUACUCUUUUACACACAUUGUACCUUAUUGCAGAAGUAAAAAGAAGAAAGAGGCAAUCAUCAGGAUCAAUGUUGGAGGGAAACUCUUAACCAACCAUCUAAAGGAGAUCAUCUCUUACAGGCAGCUACAUGUUAUGGAUGAAACACAUGUAAUUAAUCAAGUGAAAGAAGAUGUGUGUUAUGUUUCUCAAGACUUUUACAAGGACAUGGACAUUGCCAAAUUGAAAGGAGAAGAAAAUACUGUAAUGGUAGAUUAUGUUUUGCCAGACUUCAGCACAAUCAAAAAGGGAUUUUGUAAGCCACGGGAAGAGAUGGUGUUAAGUGGAAAAUACAAGACUGGUGAACAAAUACUUCGUCUAGCAAAUGAAAGAUUUGCAGUUCCAGAAAUACUCUUCCAUCCUUCGGAUAUUGGUAUUCAAGAGAUGGGAAUUCCUGAAGCCAUUGUUUAUUCUAUUCAGAAUUUACCUGAAGAAAUGCAGCCUCAUUUCUUCAAGAACAUCGUUCUGACUGGGGGAAACACCCUUUUUCCAGGCUUCAGAGAUCGGGUUUAUUCUGAAGUUCGAUGUCUUACUCCAACUGAUUAUGAUGUUUCCGUUGUUCUUCCUGAAAACCCUAUUACUUAUUCUUGGGAAGGUGGAAAGCUCAUUUCUGAAAAUGAUGAUUUUGAAGACAUGAUAGUAACUAGAGAAGAUUAUGAAGAACAUGGACACAAUAUCUGUGAAGAGAAAUUUGAUAUAUAGGUAGCAUCACUGAGUAUGUUGUGAUUCCAUUGUUUUACUCAGAAUGGAAGUCUUUGAACUACCACCUGUUUUCCAUUAGUUAGGGCUGUGUUUUAGCUUUCCUGUAUUUAAUUGGGUUGGGGAAAAAAUAAUUAUCAGAGUUUUGAAAUAAAGUUUUACAAGCCUGAUACUGUGAAAUAAUCUGUUCGUUGUCAUUUCACUACGUUCUCAUCUUUUACUGAGAGCUUCAUUGUGUUCUUAUUGCAGAAAGCCUCAAUGCGUGAGGCAAUAAAAAUCUCCAGUGCAUGUACUGGUGUGAAACUAA